CUUCACAGACACCGUCUAUUGGCUGACAGUUCCGGUGACGUCAGUGGCGCUGAUUGGUUGUUGUUUUCGUAUUUCUGAGCGGUGGAGCACUACAUUUCCCGGCGUCCCCCGCGGUCGCUUCCUGUAUGAUUAGUGGACGGCUCUUACGGUGCACCGGGAACAGACUGAGGAGAGCUCCGCCCACACAGGAGGCUGGCCACAUGGAAAUGACGUCACCGGAGCUCCAUUAGCCCACUAGGAUACAAGAUUUACAGUAACCAAUCAGAGUGCGGGAUAUGGAGGAGACGUCACUUCCGGUGCUGGGGUCUGACCAGGACCUCUGUGGCCCCUGAUCCUGAUCUUCCUGGGACUGUUAUAUGUGAUCUCUCUAUGUCAUCUGCAGUGAGGAUGGAUCCGGAGGUGAUAGAUCAGUCGGUGUCCUCUGAUGACCCCGUGGUCCCGGAGAGGACAGAGGAUUGUGGCUCUUCAGAAGUGGAUGGGACGUCCCCGACUUCAGCCAGAGUGUCAGAGGCAGCGCCCCCUGCAGGGAUGGAGGACAGCACAGUUUGUGGUCAUGGUGGAGAGGACACAGCCGCUGGAUCCAUUCAUACCUCGGAAUCGCUUUCUGUAGCCAACAUGGCAGGAACAACUGCGUCAUCCAGCAGAGUCCGGCGCAGGAAGGGCAGUCCUAAGAAAAGAGAAAUGCCGGAUGACAUCGAGUUCCCUCUGGACAUUAUUGUGAAGGAAGAGAACAGCGAUGAGGAGUACAGAGCGGCCAUCAACACGGACGCAUCAUCAGGCGCUGAAGGUUCUCUUGGAUCCGGCAUAUUGAUCGCACAGAACGGCACCAAUAGGCCCCCAUGGGCCAAGCAAAAAGGUAGGAGAAAAAAGCGCAGCCCGGCCUUCCAGAAACCCCUGCUGGUGAAGAGCUCGGCGGACACGGCCAGCCUCAUGUUCGUCAUUCCCAAUGAAGAAAUGCAGACUGUGGUGAGUGCCAAGAAGAGACGGAAGCGCAAGGAGGAGGAGUACGAGGAGGUGCACUGGUGCGACAUCUGUGACGAAUGCUUUCCUGCUGAGGCGGAUCUGGAGGUGCACAUGCAGACGCACCUGGAGCCGCCCCACGAGGAUCACGACUGCGAAGAUUGUGGCCGGGUCUUCGAUUCUGCCUCUGAGCUCGAGCAGCACCGCUCCAAGAAACACGGCAAACUGCGCUACUGCUGCGACAUCUGCGGGAUACAGUACAACUACGAGUCCCAGUUCGUCAUCCACAUGAGGGCACACUCCGGGGAGAGACCCUUCUCCUGCGAUGACUGCGGCCAGGUGUUCGGUCACAAGUGCAGCCUGGUCAUCCACCAGCGCAAGCACACGGGCGUCACCCCCCACCAGUGCAAGAAGUGCAAGAAGAUGUUGGACACUCGGGUGUCGUUGGCCAAACACGAGAAGAUGCGGUAUUGUCCCGACUGCAAGAAGUGCUACACGCACAGGAGCUUCGCCAAGCACCUGAUAAAGGACUGCGCCAAAGUCUAGACACCGCUGAGACGCCACGUGAACGAGACCCUCCUCGGAGAACAUUGUUUGUCUCUGAAUCCUGGUCAAUGAUGAUGUCACCAAGUCAUGUGAUCAGAAUGAGGUGCUGGUGACGCUGCCAGACACCGUUGCCUUCAGUUGGAGCCGUCACACAGUGUUUUCUUUAUUCUAGGAUUUUGUUCAGUAGUUUGUACUAAUCCUGGGUCACAUCUUAUACCCCUCCCGUUCAGAGCUGCUGCUGUAAUGCUUCACGUUUUAGCUGGGCUCAGUUUAUCAAACACCUUCCCCCCAUGUGAUCUACAACAUAUUUGGGGAAUGUGUCACUUAAAUUCACAAAACUCCCAGAUCAGUAAAGAUGAGCUGUGACCUUAUAUAACAAGCUCUGAGCAUCACAGGACAGUGUGACCUCCGGGGGGCGCUCUAGAGUCAGAUGGCAGCUGUAGGUCUGUAUUGAAUUCCUUCUCUUCAUCUCUGUAGGAACGUUUUAUAUUUCAUUCUGUAGUGAAUGACGAUUAUUAUCUCUAGGAUUUUCUACCUGUCCAGUUUUCUGUAGUUUGUAUGAAGUGUUUUUGUUUUUGUCAAAUAAAAGCAAAAAUCCUUUUUGUUUUCUAGAAAAAAAAAAUCUGUCUCAUAUUCACUACUUC